UCCCCAUCUCCACUCACCAGUCUCCAUUUCCGGCCCGGGGGGGGCACUCUCGCGGAGGGGGGGCGCUUGGGGGCGCGGCUGUGGUGUCCGUUGCCGCCGCCGGCAGAGAAGCGCAAGACGCGGCUGACGCGCAGGCGGUCGCUGAGAUUCCGUUGCUGUCCGAAGGCUUUGGCUGGAGCCCUGUCCAGAAAAUCUCCGGUCUUAUCGCAGCCAUGUUAACAACAGGAUGAAGCUGGAGGCUGUUGUGGAACAGCUGCAGAAGCAGCAGCAACAGCAGCAGCAGCAGCAGGCACCUCUGCAGAUGGAUUCCAGAGAGAGACAACAGAGGCAGAUGCGAGAAGCCCAGCUGCAUUAUGCUCAGCAGCUGACAGUGCAGCAAGCUGCUCUGGCAGCCACAUCUGGCAAGGCUUCAGGUGGCCCCACUCUUGGUCCUUCAGCCAGAAUCCCUCCUGUGCUUGGGGCUGCCCGAACAUUUGAUCAGAGCAGUAUGAACUCAGAGGAGGAGGAGGAGGAAGACGAAGAGGAAGAAGAGGAAGGAGAAGAGGAUUUGGAAGACGGCAAUCUUGAGGAUGAUGCCACGAUAACUGGGAAAGAUGCGUGUUCUGCUUUGAAGUAUUUUCAUGCUUCCAAAGUUGCUCCCCACAACCAAAGAGUGGCUUCUUCCUCUAACCCCCUACCUGUUCUUGGGGCACAGUGGGGACCACAGGGGAAGGAGGAGCAGGGUAAAGAGCCUACUGUUCCUCCAUAUUCCGGCUGCUCGUCUGGGAGGCAGACCUGGAGAUUGGAUGAGCAGCUCAAACAGAAUGGAAGCCUGAGCUGGAACGAAGAAGCCGACGGCAGCAGAGGAAGAGAGGUGUCUCGAGACUUUGCCAAGCUGUAUGAACUUGAUGGUGAUCCUGAACGGAAGAAAUUCCUGGAUGACCUCUUUGUUUUUAUGCAGAAGAGGGGAACACCGAUCAACCGCAUCCCCAUCAUGGCAAAGCAGAUCCUUGACCUCUACAUGCUCUACAAGCUGGUGACCGAGAAAGGAGGGCUGGUGGAAAUCAUCAACAAGAAGAUCUGGAGAGAGAUCACCAAAGGCCUUAACCUACCCACCUCCAUCACCAGUGCUGCAUUUACACUUCGCACCCAGUAUAUGAAGUACCUCUAUGCCUACGAAUGUGAGAAGAAGUCCUUAAGUUCUCCCGCUGAGCUGCAGGCCGCCAUUGACGGCAACAGGCGGGAAGGCCGGCGGCCCAGUUACAGUUCCUCCUUGUUCAGCUACUCUCCUGCUACCACGGGGCCUCCUUCCCUCCUGUGCCCUCCAAAGAUCCGCUUCCCGAUAGUUAGCCUCGCCCCUGGCAGUGGAACCAGCAACCCUCAUCUCUCUCCAGCAGGAGCUCUCAGGAAAGGUGAUGGCAUCCCCCUGACUGUGUCCACGCCAAAUCGUGUUGCCAUGCCCGUGACCUUGGCUAACCAGCAGGCCACUGUAGCAGCAAGAACGGCCACUCUGGAGCAGCUGAGGGAGAGGCUGGAGUCUGGAGAGCCCCCGGAGAAGAUUGCACGGAUGACGGAGGAAGAGCAGCGGUUUGUCCAGCAGGCCUUCCAGCGGAACCUCUUCAGCAUGGCACGGCAGCUGCCCAUGAAGAUCAAAAUCAAUGGCCGAGCAGAGGAUAAAUCCGAUUCGGCAGCCACGGCAGCAGCAUUGAAUUGGACCCCAUCUGGCUUCGGAAGCAUUAACAUGUCGGUGGAAAUCAAUGGCACAAUCUAUGCUGGAGUCCUGUUUGCCCAGAAGCCGGUUGUCCACCUCAUUGCCGGAUCCAGCACACAGAGCACUGGCGGCAGCAGCAGCAGCAGCUCCCACUGUUCCCCCAGCCCCACGUCCUCCAGGGGCACCCCCAGUGUUGAGCCUUCGACCAGCUGGUCUCUCUGAGGGGGAAGCGGGUGGCUCUCUCGGGCCUGGGGCGGCUCCUCUAGGCUGGAAAGGAGCCCACCGCCGGCCUCGUCUUGAGGAACCCGCUCUUGCCAUUGGCCAGCACUGGAGGACCGCGGCACCCUUGCCGGCAGCGUUCCCACCAGGAUGUUCUCGCUGUCCGUCUAGCCUUUCUUCAGGUCUUGCUGUGUCCCUGGUGGUGAAGGGGGGGUGCGAUGAGGGAAGGGGGGACACAGGGCGUGUUUCAAUCAGGGAUUCUCUUGAGUGGCCGUGCGUUUGUAGAUGACUGAGCAUUGCCAUGGUAGCAAAAGGCAUGGGGCAGAAACCCGUUUUCCAAAUCAGAAGCCCAAAGGACUUUCUUAACAUGACUGCAGUGUGUUGACAAUCCUACCCCCAGAGGCGGGGGGGAACGUGGCCCUCUCUUUUUCUUUCAUACACCCACACCCUUUCAUUCUCCUCUGCAGCUCGUGUGUGUGUGUGUGUGUGCGCGCACACACACCUCUCUCACCCUCUACUAAUCCCCCUGUGCAUUGUUAGUGUGUGAAUCUCAGCUUGCCACUUCCCUAGGCUGCAUCUCCUCUGCAUCUCCUCCCUCUGGAGAAUGUUGGCAGCAUGAAACUUACUUCAUCUGCAGCAUGAAGUGGUUUCACUCAGAGGCCGGGCAAGCCUUGCGUUGAGCAGAACAAGAGUGCCCUGGGCUGGCUGUUCUCCGUGCCUCGGCUGUCACAGAGGGCUGCAGGGGGGCCCCUCCAGGGCCGAGUGCCUACCUCUGUUGGGCCUUCCUCUUGACAUUAAGCUGUGAAAUUCCUUUGCUCCUUUCUCUCUCUGGGUGUUUUUCCUGCCUGCCAAAAAGGGAGCGGGGAAAGGUGGCUUGAGAUUCCCAAGAAGGGGCAGGCUUCUCCCUAUCUUUCCAAGCCCCUCUGUCCCUCAGAAACAUAACAGGGGACUGAAGGUGGUGGUGGCUUGAAGGAACAAGGCAUCCCUGCAACUCGGCCUCUGUUCACUCACUGGCUGAAUACUUGUCCUUUUAGCUGGUGGCCCAGAAUCUUCUGCAGCCUGAACCCCUGUCUGUGUAGCCUGUGGGAAAGGAAAUAGCCACUCGCCGAGUAUUUAUGGAGAUGCCAUUGGAGCCCCAUAAGCCCGAGGCUUCCAGGGAACUGCAAGCCGUUUUGGUUUCUCUUUCCAUAGACAUGUUCUUCUGCUUUUUAACUGCCCCCCCCCCAACAUUCAUUCAUUUCUUCUCUCUCCCUCUCGUGCCUUCCUUGAACCCAACAAACGUUUGCUCAUUCCUCACUGAAUCCACCCCCCCCCACUUCGUCCAUUGGCUCAGCAAGCCGUCUCUUUGCUUCAGGGAUCUGCCUCCCUCUCGCACCCUGGCGAUCUCAGUUAUCAUACAGAUCUGUGUUGGCUUCUCCUGAGCAGAUGAAAUACCUCAGAAAUAUGUACUUAUUGCUGUGUUUUUUUUCUCUUCUGGAAGGAUUUGUGUAUGUUAAAGCUUCUUUUUAUAUGUCUUGUUGACUGCUUUUAUUUUUAUUUUAUAUAUAUAUAUAUAUAUAUAUAUAUAUAUAUAGUAGCACCAAAGACACACCAAAACGAAACAAAACAACGCCCUGAGUGAAGGAUCAGAAAGCUUGGAUGUCUUUAGUAUUGCAUAGAAGCACUUGGAAUAAGGUGUCUCAGGCAUGGGGUGAAAGAUGGUGGUGACUGCAAGUUGAUUCCUCAGGCAGGCUCAUCUCACAUGCUCUCUUCCUCCGCCCCCUCCCUUUUUUUAGAAGGGUUUGAGCUUUGGAUUUUCAAAGUAACUCAGGUUAGAUGCAUCCCAGCACACUGCUUGCCUUCCAGUUUUUAUUCCUCAGCACGCUUGAAGUAAAAUAGGGAUGAGCAUUUGAUCAGCAAAAAAAGAUUUGGUUAAUUGGUCAUAAGAACCUGAGAACCUUGCUGGAUCAGACCCAUGCCCAUCAAAUCCAGCAUCCUGUUUCACACAGUGGCCUACCAGAUGCCCCUGGGAAGCCCACAGGCAAGAGAUGAGGGCGUGCCUUCUCUCUUGAUGUUGCUCCCCUGCAGCUGGGAUGCAGAGCAUCAUGUUUCUGCGGCUGGAGGUGACCUAUAGCCACCAGACUAGUAGUCAUUGAUAGAUUUGUCCUCCAUGAAUUUGUCUAAAUCUCUCUUAAAGCCACCCAAGCUGGUGGCCAUCACCACAUCCUGUGGCAGAGAAUAUCAUCUAUGAAUUAUGUGCUGUGUGAAAAAGUACUUCCUUUGGUUGGUCCUAAAUUUCCCAGCCUUGAGUUUCAUGGGAUGACCCCUGGUUCUAAUGUUGUGAGAGAGGGAGAAAAAUUUCUCCCUGUCCACUUCCUCCACUCCAUGCAUAAUUUUAUACACCUCUAUCAUGUCUCCCUGUAGCUGCCUCUUUUCCAAACUAGAAUACCUCAGAUGCUAUAGCCUUGCCUUAUAAGGAAGGUGCUCCAGGCCCCUGGUCAUCUUGGUUGCCCCUUUCUGCACCUUUCCCAGUUCUACAAUGUCCUUAAGGUACCAGAACUGUACACAGAACUCCAAAUGUGGGCACACCAUAGAUUUGUAUAAGGCUAUUAUAAUAUUCACAUGUUUAUUUUCAGUCCCUUUCCUAGUGAUCCCUAGCAAUGGAAUUUGCCUUUUUUAUCACUGCCACGCACUGAGUCAACACUUUAAAUGAACGGUCCACCAUGACCCCAAGAUCUCCCUCCUGGUCAGUCACCGAUAGCCCAGCUCCCUUCAGAGUAUAUCUGAAAUUGCCCCAAUAUGCAUCUCUUUACACUUGCUCACACUGAACCGCGGUUGGAGAGAUCCUUUUGGAGUUCCUCACAAUCUCUUCUGGAUUUCACUACCCUAAAUAGUUUAGUGUCAUCUGCAAAUUUGGCCACUUUGCUGCUUACCCCAACUUCUAGAUGAUUUAUGAUCAAGUUAAAAAGUUCUGGCCCCCAUACCAGUCCUUCUAGGUCUCAUUGUAAAUGGAGGUCAGCGGCCAGCUGCUAGGCCAGAUCUGAUGCAAUCUUAUCUAUCUGUCUCCUGGAAGAGCAGCAGGAAUAGAGAAUGUAGGAGAGGCCAGAAUGGAAAUCAAAGUAACUGAGCGGAAAUUGAAGCUAAUUUGGAUACCUCAGUUCACACAAGGAUAUCUCAAGUAAAUGCUACUUGUAUUUGGACAAAAAGCACCCAGCCACUGUUACCCUUGGCAUUCCCUGUGCCGUGACUGAAGUGUUAUUGGUAAAACCCUUUGGUCGGUUUGCUCUCUGCUGGCACAGCUGGCACUGUGAGCUAUUUUAUUCUAGUGCAGGGGUAGGCAAUCUUGUCUCUCUAGCUCAGGGGUUCUCAACGUGUGGGUCCCCAGAUGUAAUUGGACUUCAACUCCCAUAACUCCCAACCAAAGGCCAAUGGGGCUGGGGAUGAAGGGAGUUGAAGUCCAAUAACAUCUGGGGACCCACGCGUUGAGAAACCCUGCUCUAGCUGCUGUUGGACUACAACUCUCAUCAUUCCCAGCCCAAUUCUUGUAGUUAAUUGUUGAUGGGAGUUGUAGUUCAGGAUCAGCUGGAGACCCAAGGUUGCCCACCCCUGUUCUAGUGGAUAGGAAACUUUCAAAGGAUGCACAUAGCUUGAGAUUUUUCACCCUAGGGCCCUCUGCCCUGUUGCUUUUAGUAUUUAGCAGAAUCUGAGUCCAGCGGUGCUCACCCUUGCUUCUUCAGGAAUCCUCUGAAGCAGUUGGUUGGCUAAAAAGUGUUGCCUCCCCAACUACAACCAGCAGCAGCUCGUCCUAAUGAGUUGGGGGGGGGGGGACAAGGCACAGCAUCCCAGCGGGAUGGGAUGGGGGAAAGAGGUGCAACCAGGGCUGCCCCCCCCCGCUCAUUAGGAGAAGCCGCUGCUGACUACAGCGCUCUAAGAUGAUCCAAUCUGUACUGGUUAGCAAAGAUCCAGCAAAGAUUGCAUCGAUUGUGAAACUGAGCUUCUAGCAGUUGUUCUGAAGAAUCCUGUUAGCCUCUUCUUCUUUGUCGUCUUCUUCUUCCUCCUCUUCUUCUUCUCCUUCCUCUUCUUCUCCUUCCUCUUCCUCUUCUUCUUCUUCCUCCUCUUCUUCUUCUUCCUCCUCUUCUUCCUCUUCCUCCUCCUCUUCUUCCUCCUCCUCCUCCUCCUCCUCCUCUUCUUCUUCUUCUUCUUCUUCUUGUAGGUUUCUAGCCCUCAAAAUUUGGGAGAGAUGGGAACCUUGAAGAAUUGCAGUGUGGUUUCUGGGACUGCUUGACACCUUGUAUAAUCAAUCUUGCUUCUAGACUCUGUUGGCUUCCUGGUUUCGGAACUCAUGGAUUCCUUCCCCCACUUCCCGUCCCAUGCAGAACUCUAAGCCGUUGGCUAGAGGGGAGGGUUGCUUUCCCUGGAUGUUUUUUUUUCACACCUUCCUGAGAGCAAAGAUGAGUUCUUGCUGAAGUGGGUCAAAUUAGACGUAAAGGUGGCAGAUCUGUGAGUUUGAAUUGGAGUCUGUCCCGGUGGUGUAUCAACAGAAGAUGAGAAUCAUUCGAAGUAAAAGGGGCAGGGGAAGUGAGAGAAGCUGAGCCCUCUCCAGGGCCACGUAGCCGAGGGGUUCUCCAUCUUGGGCUCUCAGAUCUUGUAUCAGCACUUGGCUGAAAGCAUCCUAGCCACCAGGGAUUUAAGGCGUAAGUGGCAAAAGAGUUUUGCACCUACCACUUGCAUGCCCCCUUUUGCCCUUUGAAUUGCCCCUUGACAUGUUGUUUUGGGCAGGCUUUCUGCAGCUCAAUCUGCCACCACCAGCUCUAAUUUGGCCCCGUCUUACUUGCGAAUAUUGCAUGUUCUUGCACAGAAACUGUUUGACUCACUGAAAUGGGCUCCAUACUCCUAGAGCAAGGAUUCCAAAGCGUGGCUCCCCAAAGGUUACCACUCCCAUCACCCUUGCCAUGGUGGAUGAUGGGUGUUGUAGUCCCAAUAACAACUGGUGACCCACCCCGCUUGGGAGCCCUGACCUAGAGUAUUCAUGCCUGUAAGCUGCUUAUGCAGCUAGACUGGAACGGGGCCGGGAUGGAAGACGUUUUCUUACCCAGUUCAGGGAAAGGGUAGAUAUUAUUGUGACUUGUAACCAUAUAUACCUCAUUAAAAAAUAAGUCAGCCGCAGCGACACACUGGACCCUCCUUCUUUUCGGGGUCAACCAUUUUAGACUGUGAAAACCUUCCCCCCUCCUCUUCCUUGGUUCCGGCUGCAGAUUUUGGCGGACGUGUGUCGCCGUUUCUGCGGCUGGGUGCCAGGCUUUGCGGGGGACGGGUCUAGAGACCAGCAGCAGCUUAUGGGUUAGCGGGGAUCAAGUGUGUAGCCCCCGCUGAAUCCUGCUUGUUGAACUCUGAAUCUUAAAGAUCUUUACUAUUCAAAAUAUUGUAUGGCACUCAGGGCUUUUGAUAUGACGGGAAGGGCUGUUUCUCAUGCGAUGGGUUUUGUUUUGCAGUGGCUUCCACCACCCCAUCCCUGCACAUUCAAGCACCAGACUGUGCGGGGCCUUCGCACCCAGAGGCCGGGCUUGUGAACAAGGGCACGGCCAAGAGAAAGCAAGUGCCGACCUGCCGAGACUGCAAAAGAAAUCUUGUCUCCUGUCAGACCCGUGGUCCUUCUAGCUCAGUUUCGACGACUGUGCUAGCAGAUAGCCAAGGUCUUGCGCAGAGGUCUUUCGCAGGCAGGGAGAGGAGAUCUGGUCUUGCAGUAGUGCGCGUGAAUGGUCCCCUUGGCUAAGCAGGGUCUGCCCUGGUUUGCAUUUGGAUGGGUGACUGCAUGUGAGCACUGCACUGCGAGAUAUUCCCCUUAGGGGGAUGGCGCCAUAGCUCAGUGGUAAAGCAUGUGCUUUGCAAGCAGGAGGUCCAAGGUUCAACCCCUGGCAGCAUCUCCAGGCAGAGCUGGGGAAAGACUCCUGCCUGAAACCCGAGGAGCUGCUGCCAGUCAGUGUAGACAAUCCUGAGCUCAAUGGACCAGUGGCCUGACUUGGAAUAAGUCAGCUUCCGAUGUUGCUCUCUAGCCAUCCUACCUGAGAGAUUUAUAGCUGGCAAUGCCAGGGUUUGAAUCGUUAGCCUGCAAGCACAUGCUGUACCCCUGAGAGAUGCUCGUCUCCCAACAGGCCCCCGUGCUUUCUGGUGGCACCAGCAGAUUUCAGAAGAGAGAUCGCUCCCAUGGUCAGGGUGGUGAGAGAGAGAACGGCUCUUACAGAUCAGUGCUCAGGACCCUCCCAAGUGGCUGGGAUUGAGACAGUCCUUUCUUGGCUGCUGCGCCUUCCUUUCAGGCAGACUCGGAGGUGGGAGGAGGUGCUCAGACCCCAACCGCAAGCUAGUUUUUCUUAACUAUUUAAAGGAAGAAAUAAAAAUGUGAUAGCCUAGAUGGUGAAUAAAUAAAUACCUCAGACGUCUCCUUCCAGCAAGUGUUUGUAUAUGUUGUUGGUGGUUUUUUUUUUUCUAUCUUACAUGUUAAUCUGAAUGUUUAUAUUCCAAUAAACUUCUACCUCUUCA